UGUGUGGAGGUGGCAGCGGCGGCAGCUCGGGCUGGCACACCGACCCAGACCUCAGCCCAGCCACACAUCGAGCCUGGGCCACCAGCACCCAGAGCCAUCAAGAGUGGAACAAGCCACCCCACCUCAGAGCAAGGUCCUCAGGGUGCCCUCCACCCGCCGGAGCAUCCCACCAUUUUCCACCGCCUCUCCAUCCCCACAGCUGGCUCUGCAGGGUGACGUGUCCUGGGCAUGACAGGCACCUGCUCGGCUCCUUGACGGCACCCAAGGCAGUGGUCCCCCCACCCCUGCCACCCCACUCCCUCCACAUGCCCUUCACCCACGGGGCUGCCUGCCCCCCAUCCCUCCUGGCCAGCGCAGCCACCAUGGGCGAGCCCGAGCCCUGCGCCCAGGCCCCACUGGCUGUCCUGGCCAAGGUGGAGCUGCGGGUGAGCUGCAAACACCUCCUGGACCGCGACACCCUCAACAAGUCAGACCCCUGUGUCCUGCUGCUGAUGCAGUCCCAGGGCCAGUGGAUGGAGGUGGAUCGCAGCGAGGUCAUCAAGAGCAACCUCAACCCCGUCUUCGCCAAGAUCUUCACGGUUGAUUACUACUUCGAGGAGGUGCAGAAGCUGCGGUUCGAGGUGUACGACAGCCACGGCCACGCCGGCCUGGGCACGCACGAUGAUGACUUCCUGGGGGGCAUGGAGUGCACCGUGGGGCAGAUCGUGGCACAGAAGCGGGUGACGAAGCCGCUGUUCCUCAAGUACGGGAAGUUCGCGGGCAAGUCCACCAUCACAGUCAUCUCGGAGGAGAUCUCGGGCAACAACGGCUACGUGGAGCUUGCCUUCCGGGCCAAGAAGCUGGAUGACAAGGACCUCUUCAGCAAGUCAGAUCCCUUCCUGGAGAUCUACCGUGUGGAUGAUGACGGUGGGGAGCAGCUGGUGUACCGCACCGAGGUGGUGAAGAACAACCUCAGCCCCAUCUGGGAGCCUUUCAAGGUCUCCCUCAACUCGCUCUGCAGCUGCGAGGAGAAGAGGAAGCUGAGGUGCGUGGUGUGGGACUACGACUCGCGGGGCAAACACGACUUCAUCGGGGAGUUCUUCACCACCUUCGAGGAGAUGCAGAAGGCCAUGGGGGAGAACAAGGUGCAGUGGGACUGUGUGAACCCCAAGUACAAGAUCAAGAAGCGCAACUACAAGAACUCGGGGGUUGUGGUGCUGCUGGACCUGAAGAUCCACAGGGUUUACUCCUUCCUGGACUACAUCAUGGGUGGCUGCCAGAUUCACUUCACGGUGGCCAUCGACUUCACGGCCUCCAACGGGGACCCCCGGAACAGCUGCUCCCUGCACUACAUCAACCCCUACCAGCCCAACGAGUACCUCAAGGCACUGGUUGCUGUGGGUGAGAUCUGCCAGGACUAUGACAGUGAUAAGAAGUUCUCAGCUCUGGGCUUCGGCGCAAGGAUCCCCCCCAAAUAUGAGGUCUCUCAUGACUUCGCCAUCAACUUCAACCCCGACAACGACGAGUGUGAGGGCAUCCAGGGUGUUGUGGAGUCCUACCAGAGCUGCCUGCCCAAAAUCCAGCUCUAUGGCCCCACCAACGUGGCACCCAUCAUCUCCAAGGUGGCUCGCGUGGCAGCCGACGAGGAGAGGACCAAGGAGGCUUCGCAAUACUUCAUCCUGCUGAUCCUGACGGACGGGGUGGUGACGGACAUGGCGGACACGCGGGAGGCCAUCGUCCGCGCCUCCUACCUGCCCAUGUCCAUCAUCAUCGUCGGGGUGGGCAACGCCGACUUCACCGACAUGCAGAUCCUGGACGGGGAUGACGGCGUCCUGCGCUCCCCCAAGGGGGAGCCCGUCCUGCGCGACAUCGUCCAGUUCGUUCCCUUCCGGGACUUCAAGAACGCGUCCCCGACGGCCCUGGCCAAGUGCGUGCUGGCGGAGGUCCCCAAGCAGGUGGUGGAGUACUACAGCUACAAGGCCUUCCCUCCCCGCUGCCCCCCGGCCCGCACCCCCGACCCCGACCUCGCCUCGCCUCAAUGACCCCCCCCGCAAAGCCCACAUCCCCCGGGGGUCCCCACUGGGACCCUGUCCUGCUGCAGACCCCCCCUCACCAGGCAGAUGGCACUGGGAGCUGACACCUGGCUGGGGACAUGGGGAUGGUCUUGCUGCCCACCCCCCUCCCACCUGCCCAGCCCCGGUGUCCCAGUGCAGGACUCCCCGUCCUCCCGGGGGUCUCUGCUGGGGCACUGCUUGGUCCCGGUGGUCCUUGCCUUGCAACCAACCCCUCUCCAUCCCUGCUGUCCCCGUGGUCCCCUCAGUUCCUGCUUCUCUGUCACUGUGACCUUGUUUGACAGCAGCUGCAUGACAAACCCUCCCCAUGCAGGGGGACCCCCCCCAAUAAAACAA